GGGGAACUAAGAUAUUUUAUAAAAAUUGUAGCUAGAUCUCUACAUGGUGGGAUUCUCAAUAAUAAUAUAUACAGACAGAACAUGGAAAACAAGUAGAGAGAUAAUAGAGGGAGAUUAACAUCACAAGAUUAAUGGAAGAAACUAUCACCAAAGAAUCAAAAUGGAAGAAAGAAGAAGAAGAAGAAGCGAAGAUCCAAAUAUACAAAUACGUUUUUGGUUUUGCAGAAGCAGCCGUCAUAAAAUGCGCCAUAGAGCUCAAAAUCGCCAAUGUCAUUGAAAGCCAUGGCAGACCAACAAUGACACUUUCUCAACUAUCCACCGCUUUAAAUUGCUCUCCACCACUUUUGUUUCGCAUAAUGAGAUUCCUCACCCAUCGAGGAAUUUUCAGAGAAGAAACCACACCUGAAAACCUCAUAGCCUAUUCUCAAACACCACUAUCUCAUAUGCUCAUUAAUGUAGCUCCUUUACUUUUGCUUGAGAAUAGCCCAGAAAUUGUUGCAUCAUGGCACAAUCUUAGUGCAAAGCUUAAGAAUAGUUACAAUAAUAAUGAAAAUAGUGAUUUAGUAGUGCCAUUUGAAGUAGCUCAUGGGAAGGAUAUUUGGAGUUAUGGUGCAAGAAAUCCAGGGUUUAAUAGAAUGUUUAAUGAGGGAUUGGGUUGUAAUGCAAGGGUUAUCACUUUGCCUGCGAUACUUGAGAACUGUGGAGAUAUAUUUAAUGGAGUUGAGAGUUUGGUGGAUGUGGGAGGAGGGAAUGGGACUACUUUGAGUGUUUUGGUUAAGGCUUUUCCAUGGAUGAAAGGUAUUAACUUUGAUCUUCCAAAUGUUGUGUCAACUUCAGAAAAGUAUGAUGGUGUGGAACAUGUUGGUGGAAAUAUGCUUGAUUUUGUUCCAAAGGCUGAUGCUGCUUUCUUCAUGUGGAUUUUACAUGCUUGGGAUGAUGAAGAUUGCAUCAAAAUUUUGAGAAAUUGCAAGGAAGCUAUCGGAGAAAAUAAAGCAGGAGGGAAGGUGAUAAUCAUAGAUUCAGUGAUUGAUGAAAAUGAAGAGAACAAGAUGGUUACAGAUAUAAGAUUAACUUUGGACAUAAUGAUGAUGACUCGAUCACGAAAGGGAAGGGAAAGAAGUGCUGAUGAGUGGACACAACUUCUAAUUAACAAAGCUGGUUUCAGUCGAUGUACCAUUACACCAAUUCCUGCCGCUGUUCCAUCGAUCAUUCAAGCUUUCAUCUCAUAAUUAAUAACAAAUUAUUAUAGGAUUUCAUUUAUAUGCUCUACUUCUUCCUCUUCUUCCUUUUCUUUGAUUCCAUGUAUUGAUUAAGGGAAAAUUGACCGAUAUUAUCAUCCCUACUGGAACUUGUUUACGUCGUUUUUAUAUUUGAAAACAACUCUUCUGUUUUUAUA